CUUUCCACCUCUAACUGUCAUCAAGUCUUUCUCACUCUUCUCUUCGCCCAUAAUGGAGAAUCGCAUUGCGUUUCUCAGAAAUUCCACAAUCCUUCGCUUUUCGUUUUGGGUAUUGUUUCUUAUUAGUUCUGUUUCUGCUCGUUUUGUGAUCGAGAAGGCCCAAAUCACCGUUCUGGGUCCUCAAGAGCUCAAAGCGAAGCACGAGACCGCUGUUUUUGCGAACUCCGGCAUUUUCGAAUAUGGAAUGGCCGUUAUUCAAUAUGUGGCUUAUCCUGAGAAUGGCACUUCAGGGUGCCAACCCUUUGAGGGCUAUAAUCCCUUCAAGCCUAUGCGAUAUUAUCGACCCAGCAUUCUUCUCCUUGAUGGUGGAGAGUGUCCUUUUUACUUGAAGGUAUGGCAUGCUCAAUUAGCAAGAGCGUCAGCAGUAUUAGUGAUUGAGCAGAGUGAUGAGCUUCUCUUAACUAUGGAUUUUCCUCCCAAGGAGAGCAAGGAAGUGGAUGAGUACAAGGACAAGAUUGAAAUUCCAUCAGCUCUAAUAAAAAAACCUCUUGUUGACCGGUUGAAGGAAGCUUUAAAAAACAAAGAUGGAUAUGUUUUAGUCGAAAUAAAAUGGAUAGAAUCAUUGCCUCAACCUGAUAGCAGAGUUCAGUGCGAGUUUUGGACAAACAUCAACGACGCAUGUGGAUAUCACUGUGAUGAACAGAUGAAUUUUGUGAAGACUUUUAAGGAUGAUGCUCAGAUUCUUGAGAGGGGUGGUUAUACUUUAUUCACUCCACACUAUACAACAGGGUUUUGUCCAAAGGCUUUUAUUGAAAGCGAUCAGUGUAAGUCUCAAUGCAUAAACAAUGGGAGAUAUUGUACACCAGAUCCUGAGGUGAAUUUUGGAGAGGGCUAUGAGGGAAAGGAUGUGGUGUUGGAGAAUUUGAGGCAGCUCUGUGUCCAUAGAGUUGCCAAAGAGAGCAACCGAUCGUGGGUCUGGUGGGAUUAUGUGACUGAUUUCCAUAUCAGUUGCUCUAUGAAGGAGAAGAGAUACAGUAAAGAUUGUGCUGAGGAUGUCGUGAAAUCAUUAGGUCUGCCUAUCGAGAAAAUAAAAGAAUGUACCGGUGAUCCUGAAGCUGAUGUGGUGAAUGAAAUACUAAACACAGAACAAAAUCUCCAGGUUGGGCAAGGAUCUCGUCAUGAUGUUACCUUCCUGCAUACUUUGUUUGUAAACAACGUGCAGUAUCAAGGAAAAUGGGAGAGAACUGCUGUCCUAAAGGCUAUAUGUUUUGGAUUUGAGGAGACUACUGAGCCUUCAAUCUGUUUGAGUGACGAUGUCCAGAUAAAUGAAUGCCUUGAAUGGAACGGAGGAUGCUGGCAGGACAUAAAUGCUAACAUAACUGCUUGCAAGCCAUAUCUGAACUUUUUAACAGGAUCUUUCAAGGGAAGACUUUGUCAGUGCCCCACUGUAGAUGAUAUUCCUUAUAAAGGCGAUGGCUUUACAUGUGAAGCUUCUGGACCUGCAAGGUGUUUAAUCAACAAUAAUGGAGGUUGUUGGUCAGAAACUAGAAAUGGCAUUACUUUCUCAGCUUGCACAGAAUCCAUAGACAUCGGCUGUGAAUGCCCAGUUGGCUUUUCUGGGGACGGAUUUAAAUGUGAAGAUGUUGAUGAAUGUAAGGAACAUAAUGUUUGUCGCUGUGAUGGCUGCACCUGUGAGAACACCUGGGGUAGUUAUGGAUGCAGUUGCAAGGGAAACCUUCUGUAUACAAGGGAGCAAAAUCUUUGUAUUGAAAAAAGUGGAUCAAUAUCUGGCCAGUUCCUUGUCUCUGUGUUCAUGACAGUUAUUUUAGGAGCUGGCAUUGCUGGUUACAUAUUCUACAAAUACAGGUUCCGGUCUUACGUGGACUCCAAGAUCAUGUGUGACAAAGCAAGCAAUUUGACUAGUAUAACAAUGAAGUUCGACCUGAAGCUCAACCUUUACGACAGAGCUCAGUAUAAGGGAUCAAAUUUGGAAGAAGGUACGUCGAGCAAGAGUAUCUUAGAAAAUAAGGAAGAAACUUGUAGUGCAAACUAAUAAAAAGAAGAAGAAAAGAAGAUCGUGGUUAAAAUUCUGGAGUUGAAGUCAUGAUUUGGACAAGGAACCCUAGAAACUUGAGGAUUUCUUUAUAAAUAGCAACAAAAGGACUUCCUUAGUAGAAUUUGUGUGAAGGGUUGUGACAGGCAUUUUGGAACCAUAUUUGGCUUUCUACACCAUUUUUCUCCUUUUUUCCCUCUUGUAUUUGAAUUCGGUGAGUUGUACAAGUAACAUUUGUAUGUUGUGCUUUUAGCUACGUGUGGCUAAUUUUUCUUUUUCUAGGAUUAGCUUGAACUCAUUCAUGAGUAUUCGGUAUUUCACUUCUCUUUCUUUAUGCUAUACAUAUAUGUGCAUGC